AAAGAAAGUCGGCAAAACUGCGGUCUUCCGCCGGCGGCAUCGCAUUUGGAGAAAUUGAUACCUUCAAACACCCCGCCAACACCCCGCAUUCGUUUACUCUCACUCAUGUGGCAGAGACGACAUGUCUGUGAAUGGGGAUGCUAAAUCGCAGGCCAUAGACCGCGCACAGCUGCGGCAAAGGCUUAUAACAAGCUCCACCAAGCGUAGAAGAGCGGAGCUAUCGGGCUUGCAACACCAGGUCGCAGAUGAUUCACUCGUCAAUGCCGACCUCCAAGCGCUUCUAGAAUUACUCUUCGAAACUUACCCACUCUACGACGACCGCGAAUCACGACGAGCCGUUGAAGAAGUCCUCAAAUCGCUAGUCAAUGGUCCGCACGGGGAGACGGUACUGCCCGCUAUUGUCAAAUUCUUGAAGCAGGAGUGUCUUAAGAAGGGCAUCGCACACGUCAAUGCCUUCGUACUGGUGGAUUGGUGUUCGGUCUUGCUGUUACAAUUCGCCAAAUCGCCGGAGCGAUGGUCGAAAUAUGGGCUGGACGUAGCUCUCGCAAACGCCCGGGUGCUGGAAACAUGUGUGGGCGUAGGAACCGACCGGCGAGCAGCUCGCAUCUCGGAAUCUGCAUUGGUCUCGACGCGCCGGGCUCUGCGCGCCAUCUUUCGCUCCGAGGCAAUCGGACAAGACGCCCUUUCUAAGUUGGUCACCACACUCACUGCGAAGGGCUCGGUGUCUACAGCGGGAAAUUCCGUGUUCCUUGGAGUCAUCGCUGGCGUCUCGUCCCGGCUCCCGAUCGUCAAGACGCUUCUAGAGCAACACAAGCAUGACUACUACACCUUCUACAUACGGGAAGUCGUUGGUUCGAGGAACCAACUACCUGACCAUGUAUCGAACGCAUUGCACGACUUUUUUGACAGCUUCCCUACGUUGGAAGAGUUGCGUAAAGAGGUCAUACUGCCCAUCGAAAAGGCUCUGUUGAGAGCGCCGGAAGUGGUCUUGAAUGACAUCGUCUCACCAAUGAUUUUAGCCCUCCCGGAAUCCAUGGACUUAUCGGAUAUCCUGCUCGGAAACCUGUUGAAGCCGCUACUAUCCAACGUCAAAUCUAGCAACCCCGCCAUCCGCGCAGGCGCGUUGCGAACGUUUAAAGCAUUGGCUUCACGAUCGCGGAGUGACGAUGUCAUCGGAAAAGUCGCGGAUGAGAUCCUGAAUCCUCUCAAACAGGGCAAAGUCACCGGUGCUGAUCAGAAAGUCCUGCACGCCCAAAUGCUGUCAGUCCUACCCGAAUUGCCAUCGCUAUCGAAAAAAAUCCCUGCGGGUAUUGCUCCGGUGGCACUCAAGGAGCCGAGCGAGCCAGCUGUAGUAGCAGAGGUGUCUGCAAUGGUCAAACAUCUUACGUUCGGUUUGGCGAAUGGAGAACCUCUUGACAAGACCGUGACGGACGCUUUUCUCAAGGGCAUGGCGGACAAGCGUGUGCCUGUCAGACGGCUUUGGGCAAUCCGCGCAGCAGACAUCUGGUGGAAUCUAUCUGAUGCUCAGCAUGCUCAACAGGACGUACUUGCCUUCUGUCAAGCCACGCUGCCAAAACUGGUAGAGAUCUGGCAAGAGGUCAAUGCGAACCCCAUCCCCGCGACACAGAGCGGCCUAGUGACUGUGGGCCAUUAUGUUGCCGCUCUUCUCGUUGAUAGAGUACGCAACCUGAAGGACGAGAAGCUCGUUUCCAUCUUCAAGAAAUCCGAUAUUCUUUCACAGUCACUCGCUACUCAGCCAAAACCCUCCUUUAUCCUCAACCCAAAGGUGUACUCGAAACUGUCUACUGAGGACGAUGUCGUAAUUGCAGUUCGUGCUUUGACAGCUGUAGCUCCCUUCCUCGAUCAGGGAUUCUCGAAAGGUGCUGAGGACGCAUGGGCACAGGCAUUCAUCUUCUUCAUCGUAGCCCAAGGCGUCUCGGCCAAAGGCAAGUCGGCAGCCAAACAAGCGCUAACUCAAACCUAUCUGCACACAUCAACAGCGAGGAUCAGCAGCAUAAUGAUUGAGGGCUUAUGGUCGUGGUAUAGGUCAAAUGAACAGGGAGACAAGGACAGCGCCGCAGUCGCGUCAAGGACCGGCUCCAGUGAGCUCAGUUAUGUUUUGGGAUGUCUGUGUCUGCCCUCUGAAUCCUUGAAGAAGCUCGAAAUAAGCGUUGACAUUGGAAAUCUGCGAAGGCAGGCAAUGGGUCUGGUUGUUCUAGCGAGGCCCGAGAUCAUGCCACGAGUUUCAUGGAUUGAGCUAUGCCUUCGCAUGGGCAUAGACCCGGGUCAAUUGGUGCGGGAUAAGUUAGAGGGCUUUGUGAGCACUAUCAAUGAGGCUACUCAGAAUAGGAACAAUGACCAGCUUCCGGCUAUUAGCCUAGCAGCGUACAGCGCUUACACUGAUAUAGCCUUCGUAGCACCAGAGGCUGCCUUGCCGGCCGUUGUAACUCAGUUUAGUCAAGAUCUUGACCCGAAGCAGCUGGAGGCAGUAGGGCCAACCGAGGCAGCCAUCUUCCGCACGCCGGCAGGUACAGUUUACAUUGAUGUACUGUCCAAGAAGGCCCCCGUUGCUAUUGACAGAAAUACGAAGGACUAUGACACCCUGAAAUGGGAAGAGGAGCUACGGGCACAACUUGCUCAAAAGAAGGGUCAGACGAAGAAGCUCACCGCUGAUGAGCAAGCCAAGAUCAACGCUCAACUAGCAAAAGAAGCAGUCAUCAGGAAUGAAGUCGAUGCGACGGAGCGGAAGAUGAGGCGAGGAGUUGGUAUUAUCCGGAGCCUCGCUACUGGGCCUCCUACAGAAGCAGAGCAAUGGAUGGGUCCGGCUGUGGAUCUCUUGAUUCAAUCUAUUCGCGCUGGCGCUGGCCUCCUACUCGGAGACUUACCGGCAACCGCGUUCAUUGCAUGUUCGCAACGGAUUUCGAACCGGCUUGGAGUCUUACGCCCCUUUGUUGGCGUGGCUACUUUGAGGACCAUCGGCUCCAUACAGCUCUCCGAUGAGUAUGAAGACGAAGAUUUAGGUGAUUUGGUCACGCGCGUCCUCUAUCGACUUCGAUUCCUGAGUGAACAGAGACCAUUGGAUGCAGUGUCUCUCGCAUAUUGCUUUCCUGUCAUCUUCCUUGUCCUGGAGAAGAGUGGCAUUGGAAGGUCUUCUGCCGAAGAAGCCGAUGAACAGUUAGUUCUGGCUAUCGAGGUCUUAGCAUUCCAUACCAACUCCUGCACCGAUAAUCGUCUCCCUCGCAAAGAUCUGCUCGAGAUACUAGUAUGGUCCAUGCAACGUUACCAGCAGCAUUACAAGAUGAUCAAGGACUGUCUGACAGAUCUCGCUAGCGGCCUCGCUCCAAACAUCACCAACGAGGAGCUGGGCGCACUACUUCGCGGGACCAUCGUGCCGGAGGCUGCGGUUCGAACAGCAACCUUGCAAGCCAUUGACGCCGAACUAGACAUGAACGACCUUAGCUUUAGCGAAGAGAUCUGGAUUGCAUGCCACGAUGAUGUUCCAGAGAAUGUGGAGCUUGCACAGACUAUCUGGGAUGAGAAUGAGUUGCAACUCAAAGCAGAGGCAGGCACGCAGAUGCUACCCUAUCUUGACUCUCUCGAUAAACAACUUCGAAGAGCGGCCGCUCGAUCCAUCGGCGAGAUAAUUACCAAGUUCCCUGACACGUUCGACCCUCUUCUCAAGAGCCUUCAAGAAUCUUACAAAGAGAAGGCAAAGCCGCGGGUGCCAGAGCGCGACGAAUAUGGCAUGCCACGGAAAGUGGAUCUACGAGAUCCUUGGGAGAGCAGAGAUGGAAUUGCGCUUGCGUUCAAGGAGAUGACACCAGGAUUCAAGCCGGAUGGACUGGUCGAAUUUCUGAACUUCCUGGUCUAUGAAGGACCUCUCGGAGAUCGAAGCCCUGCUGUGCGAGAGGAGAUGAUUGGCGCAGCUACAUCAGUCAUUACAACGAAGGCUCAAACCAAGGUCGAACCCCUAAUGGAACUGUUCGAGAACGCGCUAGAAGGACCGGAUCGCAAGUCGGAGAUGUACGAUCAGGUCAACGAAGCAGUGAUCAUCCUUUACGGCGCACUAGGCCGCCAUCUUACUGCGGGAGAUAUGCGAGUUCCUAAGAUUGUGCAAAGGCUUCUGGCUACGCUCAGUACGCCAUCUGAGACAGUUCAAUACGCUGUGGCCCAAUGUCUGCCGCCUUUGGUCCGAACCUCAGAACAAGAACUCUCCAGCUACGUUGAUCAGAUGAUGGAGCAACUGCUACAGUCGAAGAAAUAUGCAUCACGGCGUGGCGCUGCAUAUGGUCUUGCCGGCCUCGUCCUUGGCAAAGGCCUAUGUGUACUCAAGGAGUAUCGUAUCAUGUCGACCUUCAAGGGUGCUAGUGAGAACAAGAAAGACGUCAACCAGAGGCAAGGUGUGUACCUAGCCUACGAACUCUUAUCUCUCAUUCUGGGUCGCUUGUUCGAGCCGUACAUCAUUCAGCUUGUCCCGCAGCUGCUCGCUGGAUUUGGUGACACUAGCGCAGACGUUCGAGAAGCUUGUCUGGAUGCAGCAAAGACAUGCUUCUCGACUCUCAGCUCGUUUGGUGUCAAACAGGUUCUUCCCAUUCUCCUUGAAGGCCUCGAUGACCAGCAAUGGCGAAGCAAGAAGGGCGCCUGCGACUCGUUGGGUGCCAUGGCUUAUCUGGAUCCGAACCAGCUAGCCCUAAGUUUGCCUGUCAUUAUCCCGCCACUGACCACCGUCUUGACGGACAGUCACAAAGAGGUACGUUCGUCGGCAAACCGAAGCUUACAACGCUUUGGUGAAGUAAUCAGCAACCCCGAGAUCAAGAGCGUUGUCAACAUUCUGCUCAAAGCACUUAGUGAUCCGACAAAGCACACUAACGAUGCGUUGGAUGCGCUCAUCAAGAUCCAAUUUGCCCAUUUCCUCGAUGCUCCAUCGCUUGCCCUUGUGUCUCGAAUUUUAGAGCGAGGUUUGGGUGACCGAUCUGGAACCAAGCGAAAGUCUGCUCAAAUUAUUGGCAGCUUAGCGUAUCUUACCGAGCGGAAAGACCUUGUAUCACAUCUACCAGUUUUGGUCGCCGGUUUGCGAGUGGCUAUUGUGGAUCCAGUACCUACCACUCGUGCAACAGCUUCGAAGGCUCUCGGCUCACUUAUGGAGAAGCUUGGAGAGGAUGCGCUACCAGAUCUCAUCCCUAGUCUUAUGUCCACUCUCAAAGCUGAUACAGGCGCUGGGGACCGACUGGGUUCUGCUCAGGCUCUUUCAGAAGUGCUUGCUGGCCUUGGAACUGGACGCUUGGAAGAGACUCUUCCCAGCAUCUUACAAAACGUGGCCAGCAACAAGCCUUCGGUGCGGGAGGGUUUCAUGUCUCUGUUCAUAUUCUUGCCCGCUUGCUUCGGAAACAGUUUCGCCAAUUAUCUCAGCAAGAUCAUCCCUCCCAUUCUCGGCGGCCUCGCAGACGACGUAGAAUCAAUACGAGACACCGCUCUGCGUGCCGGUCGCCUCUUGGUCAAGAACUUUGCUACCAAAGCCAUCGAUCUUCUACUGCCAGAGCUAGAGAGGGGGCUUGCAGAUGAUAGCCACCGUAUUCGUCUCAGCUCCGUGGAGCUUGUCGGAGACCUGCUUUUCAACCUUACUGGCAUCAGCGGCAAGGUCGAGGAAGAGGAGGUCGAGGAGGGAGCAAAAGAGGCCGGUCAGUCUCUUCUGGAGGUCCUCGGGGAAGAGAAGCGAAACAAGGUUCUGUCCGCGCUGUAUAUCUGCAGGUGCGACACAUCUGGUCUGGUCCGCACCGCAGCCAUCAAUGUUUGGAAAGCAUUGGUGGCUACUCCACGCACGUUACGCGAGUUGGUCCCUACGCUUACCCAGCUUCUCAUUCGUCGCCUGGCAAGCUCAAACAUGGAGCAAAAGGUCAUUGCCGGCAAUGCUCUUGGAGAGCUUAUCCGAAAAGCUGGCGACGGCGUUCUAGCCACAUUGCUACCCACUCUAGAAGAGGGUCUGCACACCACCGAUACCGAUGCCAAGCAAGGUAUUUGCAUUGCUCUCCGCGAGCUUAUUGCUUCUGCCUCACCCGAGCAGUUAGAGGAUUACGAAAAGACGUUGAUCCAAGUAGUGAGGACUGCUUUGGUAGACCCGAAUGUCGACGUGCGAGAAGCUGCUGCGGAAGCAUUCGAUGCCCUGCAACAAAUUCUCGGCAAGAGGGCCGUCGACCAAGUCUUGCCAUACCUACUCAAUCUACUGCGUGGCGAAGACGAUGCUCACAACGCCCUUUCUGCACUCCUCACUCUCCUUACGGACCAAGCACGUUCGAACAUCAUUCUACCAAACCUUCUCCCUACCCUCCUCACCUCGCCAAUGUCCGCGUUCAACGCCCGGGCUAUUGCUUCCCUGGCUGAAGUAGCUAGCUCCGCAAUGACGAGAAGACUACCAAACAUCCUUAAUACCAUCAUGGACAACAUCAUCACUUCCAAGGAUGAUGAACUCAAGUCAGAGCUGGAGUCGUCCUUUGACAAGGUGCUCUUAUCUGUGGAUGAGUACGAUGGUCUCAACACUGCUAUGAGUGUCAUGCUCGCUUUGUCUAAGCACGACGACGAGCGGAGACGGGCGCGAGCCGACAUGCAUCUGGCCAAGUUUUUCGCCGAAUCAGAAGUCGACUUCUCAAGAUACUACCCUGAUCUUAUUCGCGCACUCCUAAUCUCCUUUGACGAUAGCGACAAGGAGGUCAUCAAGGCGGCCUGGACCGCUCUCAGCACGCUCACCACCAAACGCCUGCGAAAAGAGGAGAUGGAGUCUCUUGUCGUCUCCACGCGACAGACGCUUAACCAGGUUGGUGUCGCUGGUGCAGAUCUUCCCGGCUUCUCACUACCGAAGGGUAUCAAUGCCAUUCUACCUAUCUUCCUCCAAGGUCUCAUGAACGGGUCUGUCGACCAGCGAACACAAGCUGCUCUGGCUAUUUCAGACAUCAUUGAUCGCACCAGCGCCAAAGCACUACAACCGUUUGUCACUCAGAUCACUGGGCCUCUCAUUCGUGUCGUCACGGAGCGAUCGACGGAGGUAAAAGCGGCCAUCCUUCUCACACUCAACAAUCUGCUGGAGAAGAUUCCGACAUUUCUCAAGCCUUUCUUGCCGCAGCUUCAGCGAACUUUUGCGAAGUCGCUUGCUGAUACUUCGUCCGAUGUUCUGCGAGCGCGAGCAGCCAAGGCACUGGGUACCCUGAUCAAGCUCACGCCAAGGGUUGACCCUCUCAUCGCAGAACUUGUGACUGGUUCCAAGACCGCUGAUGAGGCUGUUAAGACUGCUAUGCUAAAAGCCUUGUUUGAAGUGGUAAGCAAGGCCGGGAAGAACAUGAACGAGUCGAGCAGGAACGCGAUUCUUAGUCUCAUUGAUACGGAAGCUGACGACUCUAAUGACGCUAUGGCAAUCACAAACGCCCGCCUGCUCGGCGCCCUGAUCAGCUGCCUUCCUGAAGACAUCGCCGCCGGCCUACUCAAAUCUCGUGUGCUUACGACUCACUUCAACAAAGCAUCUGUUCUAGCCCUCAACGCUAUCUUGCUCGAUGCCCCAGAAGCGUUAGCAGAGUCGUUCGCUGAUGAGACUGUCUCCGUCAUUUGCCAAGGCAUUGCACAUUCACAGCCUUUCAUCUCGGACAACGCGGUGCUAGCAGCUGGCAAGUACCUCCUCGGAGACAAGACGACCAUGGCAUUCGACCACACAAAGCCAAUCUUCGAGGCUCUGGCACCAGUCAUAGAGCCUGGUCAUCCCGUUGACACGAGACGCCUGGCGCUCGUAGUGCUCCGGACCGUCGCCCGUGAGCAUAAUGAGCUUGUCCGCCCGCACAUCCCGCUCCUUAUACCUCCUGUCUUCGCUUCGGUCCGCGACCCCGUCAUUCCGGUCAAGCUCUCUGCAGAAGCCACUUUCCUCACCAUCUUCUCUGUAGUGGAUGAGGAGAGCGCCGUCUUCGACAAGUACAUGGCCGGGCCGGGCAAGGGUUUGUCGGCUGGCCAGCAGCGCAGCAUGGGGGACUACUUCAAGAGAGUGGCGCUACGGUUGGCUGGACAGGCUAGAGAGAGGAAGGAGGCUGAGGGUGGUGCAGGUGGAUUGGGUUUGUCGAGCGAUGAGAUGGAGGAUGAGAGGGAGAUUUGGAGUGUGGGCAAGGUUGAGCUGGGGGAUGUGUUUGGAGAGAACUAGGUACGAGAGGAAGCAUGACGGGCUUAUAUAUAUUUGGAAGAAGUCACAGACAUGUGGUAUAAAAAGCGAUUGCAUGAGGUGUGGAGUAUUGGG